CUGAGAGGCCCCAGUGCAGGAAAGACCCUUAAGCUGCAGAUGUUUGGCAGCUGCAGGCAGAGGAAGUGCCUGAGAAGGAGGGGUGAGCAUUGCUCGGCUGCGGAAGGCACAGCAAGGGAGACUGGAGCAACCGGAGGCCUUGGGGUUACAGCAUGCCUCUCCCACCACCCCCUUCCUCGCCGCCACCCCCUUGCCCAGCAUCUCGAGAGUCUCUGAGUUGCAACAGGGACUUUCUGCAAAGUUUGUUGGGAGGGCUGCGCAUUGCACAGCUGCUGUCUGGUGCUAUCUGCUGGGUGACUUUAGCAGCACACAAGUAUGAAGGCGCUACCUACUUUGCAGUCUUUGCGGCUGUUCUGGUAUGGCUGCUAACCUUGGUGAUCUUUGGGCUCAGCCUGUUGGGCCGCUGGUCUCUCGUGCCGGUGUUGGGAACCCGGUGGCUCUUGACAAACAUUGUGCAUGACCUGUUCUUUGGAGUCAUCCUCUUUACAGCCGCUGCAGGUAUCAUGGGGCAUAAGGCCCAGUGGUUCAGCUAUUGCAACCUGCCACACUAUCCUCAUCCUUGCAGUUAUGGUGCCUAUGUGACUGCGGCUGUCUUUGCUGGCAUCGCUGCCUUCCUAUACCUGCUUUCAGGAUUCUACUGCUUGGCACGGCGUUUUCAGGGACACCAGGAUAUCAACUAAGAGAUGUGAAAGAAAGAUGAAGAGAGAUGGACAGGCCCUCUUCAGCCAGCCAGACAAGUCUCACACGUGUCACCUUCAAGAUGAACAUGUUUUAUUUGACCAAAGAUUUCAACGGUUACAUCCCAUUUCAUCAGAUGGAAUGAGAUGUAGUCCACAGACUGCUUACUGUUCAAGACCCAUCAUUAUCUUCCUGGUGGACAAACAACACCUCUUCUUGGUUGCUCUUGCACUGAUGUUGCCUAUAGACAAUCUGACUCUCUUCAUCAAUGGAUGAAUAAUAGUUCCUUUCAGCAUGCAGAAGCAACAAAUGGUCUGUACUUUGGUCUUCUUUAUUUUUUUAUUUUUCCUUCCGUUUGCACUGGAAGCCUGGAAAUAUUUGACCUGAGCUGGGAUUCCAACAUAUGCGAAUACUGGAGAAAGUCAUCCAGUGUUAUUUACAGCCCUUACAAGAACAGAUUUAAUUUAGUUGGUAGUCCUUGUUCGUGUUUUUAUAGCAUCUACAUAGGGUCUAAUUCACUUCUGUUCACUCAAUUCAAUUCAUGCUCAGUAAUCUUGAGUAUGCUUUAGGGUUCCUCAUUGGAUUUAUUGUUGAUAUUUUAAAAUUGAACUACAAUGUCUGUUAUUCCCAACAAACAUUAAUGUGUUGUGGGGAUUCUGGGAAGUAUCGGCCAAAAUAACAUUUCCAAAGUCACUUAAAUAUUAUUUCUUUCUACUUCAGCUCUUACAAACAAAAGUUUUAAUGUCAUUCCCAAAGGCUUCUGUUACUUUAUUUUUAUUUUGUUCAAUGGCACUUGAUAAGAUAUUUAUGACUUAUGGUUUCUUUUUAAACUUACACAUGUAUAUAAACCUGAUAUGAAUAUUUUAGCUUUUAUAGCAUAGCAUUACUCUAGUUACCAGCUUUUUUUUUUAAAUUUCUAUGAAUAGAGGUAUAAAAGCUCAUGCCUGAUGCAAACCUGAACUCUCAGAAGCUUCAAAUUUAAUUUGUGGAAUUAAAAUAAUAAUAAAUUUAUUUCUUACCUUCCUCUACUCAUGGAAUAAGAAA